GGGGAAAUUGUCCGAUACAUCGAAAGAGUGCCACUAAAGAGAACGAGAUGACUUAUCUUUUUGAGUGGAAAUGUACGAAAAAGUGAAAUAGCAACGGGAAAUAAUACUGGUUAGAAAGAGUAAACACGUCCAACCUCCAUGUUCUCUCUUACACAAUACUACAGAUUGGUUUAAAAUAUCAAUUUGUUUCGCUCGCUCUCUCAUGACAGAGAAGAAGCCAUCUUCAUUUCUCGCACUGGUUUUCCUUGCGCUUUGCGUUGUUAUAUGCGAAACUUUUGUAUUGUGUCAUAAACGAACUACUUGUCAUAACGUAAACAACUUCGGACUUCUAAGAUCGUAUUUUUAUUAUUAUAAUAUUAAUAACAGUAAAAAUAAAGCAACACUUAUUGACAGGCGUGUGUUCGGGUGGGCGUCUGAACGAAUAAAGACAAGCAUUUCCGCGUUUACUAAAAUAGCCAUCAACAAAUUGCCGUGUAUAGGAAAGUCACCUACCGUCGCAUUGGUUUUCGAUUUUGUUUUUGAUUUAUAUCGAUAAAAGUGACUAUUUGUUUACAAGUGAAACAAAGCAUAGUAUUAUCUUCGGUCAGUAAUUUGAUGAAUACACAUUUUAAUCCAUGAAAAAAUCGAGGUUGCUUUCAAUAGGUUAAUGGUGAAAAUGGGUUUUCUGUGACAGUAAAUGGGAAUCAACUAAGCCUACUCAAAGAAAAUACAAGUGCACAUAAUUGAAAAUACGUAAAAGAUGUGAAAAAAGAUGUUCAAAUAAGUGCGAUGAAGUUUUUACACAUAUUGUGCAAUUGGAUGUAACUUGGUUUCAAGUGUAUUUCGGCAAGUGUUUCGGAUGGUUAAAAAAAUCGUGUGUGAUUAUAGUUCUAACGUAGGCGGUUUGAUAUAAAUAAAAGUGUAACAAGGAAAAUUAAUCAAUGAAAACAUAAAAGUUUAAAACAAAUGUGUCGAUACCGCAAUAUGUUUUCUUUAUGAUAUUUAGGAUACUAAUAGCGCAAUCGUUAUUCUAGUGCACAAAAAAGCAUCAAACUAAUCAUGCUAAACCACCAGAAAACCGUCUAUAAUAACGUUUUGAGAAAAUUGUGAUUAUUAAAUAAAUAGCUUUAAACGAAGAUACAAGCGUCCUUGUUUUAAAAGUGAUUGUUUGUUGCUCAAGUGAUCUUAACUGAACUUGCCCUUACUUCAAGACGAUAGCCUACAGGAUUAAUCAUCAAAUCGUCGGAUUUGUUUAUAAUACAGCUUGAAAAAUCUAGAUCUGUUUUCCGACCUUAAUCACAACCGUGCGCCCUUGGUGUACUACAGGUGAUGCGGUCAUGUCAAAGUUCAUAAUCGAUAGCAUGUUACCAAAAUACGCUCAGUUCCAGCCGUUUAUUAGCUCUCAGAUUUCAUCACAAUCAAUUUCCAACUCGAACUCGACAGUGUCGCAAACACCCAACUCGGAAGGCAGUCCAUUGACUACUGGUAGUGAGGACAGCCCAAAUUCACCACCAACCAGCAAAAUGUAUCCAUUCGUUUCAAAUCAUCCGACUACACACACUAGCUACUCGACCAUGCCAGGAUUCUCUGGUUUAGAUGAUAAAUCGUGCAGUAGGUAUACCGAUAGUGUAAUGAAUAGCUAUCCUCCGAUGGGAGUCCCUGGUAGCGCCAGUAUUGCACAGUUUUACCAACAGGCAGCUGCGGUUUCUGCCGCGUCGGCAGGAGUCGGCGUUGACUCGUUGGGGUCAGCUUGUUCCCAACUUUCUUCAUCCGUCGGAGGUGCGCAGUCUGGUCUGCCUGAUAUAACCCGUCAUCCUUGGCUGGUUACUGCAUCGCAAUCAGCUCUUCAGAAGUUUGCCAGUACAGAUUGGAUGAGCAAUCCUUUUGAUCGGGUAGUCUGCGGCGAUUUUGCAGGACCUAACGGAUGUCCACGCCGGCGCGGUCGUCAAACCUACACUCGGUUUCAGACGCUUGAACUUGAGAAGGAAUUCCAUUUCAACCAUUAUCUAACCCGCCGACGAAGAAUCGAAAUUGCGCAUGCCCUCUGUUUAACAGAGCGACAGAUAAAAAUCUGGUUUCAAAACCGUCGAAUGAAAUUAAAGAAAGAACUUCGUGCAGUCAAGGAAAUCAACGAACAGGCUCGCCGCGAGCGCGAGGAACAAGACAAAAUGAAGAACGAAUCGCUAAAAUCCGCCCAACAGCAUCACAGCCAAAAACAGGCUCAACAAGAACACACGGUUGUUGGCUCUCAACAAACCAGUAACGGGGGUGGAACUGGUGCAGGAACUGGUGGAGGUGGUGGUGCAGGAAGCGGUGGUAGUUCUGGAAACCUUGGAAGCCACCUGCAUCAUCCUUCAAUCGUUUCACAAAAUGAUCUGAAACUUGGGCUUGGUGGAAUGGGAGUCGGAGUUGGAGGAAAUCUCAGUAUGAUGGGAGGUCUGGAUAAUAAAACGAAUCAAGACAUCCUUAAAGCAGUUAUGCAACAUAACAAACGAUGGGAUUAGAGUUUUUUGCAUAAUCACAUAAAAAGUGUUUAAAUAAUGGAUCAUUAUUUUAAAGCACAUCUACAGUUUUGAUUUAUACAACGUUUUAUGUUCAAGGAAGUUUUUUUUUAACCAUUGGAGGGCUAAAUGUCCAAUUAAUUUAAGUAAUUGUUUUAAACACAAUAUUGAAUCAUUCAUACUUCUCAAAAUACUCGUUCCUGAAAAUACUAACAGCUGACGGAUCACUUUUUGUUUACCAAAUUUGCAGCAGUUGAUUAUCAUAAUUUUCUUUUUUCUUCUCUUUCUUUUCAUUAUUCCAUUAAUGUACCUGUCAUAUGUUAUGCUUAUUUGAUUGGUCUUCUUGACACUUACUUGUCAUAUACGAACGACAUUUAUGCAAUGUACAGCACAAACUUGAAUACUACCAAUGACUGGAUGAGUUAAGAACAAAGAUACAUUCAAAUUGCUGUCCAAUCAAACAACGCUACUCUAUCCUGUCCACACAUUUCAACUUUCAACUGGAUUAAAAAUGGCGGAUAAGUAUUCAACGCUUAAUAAAAACGCUGUAUUUGGAACAAUGAGGCAUUGGUCACAAACAAAUUGACUUCAAUAUCUCUAAAGGAAACGAGACAUGGAGACUUACCUAUGCUAUUGCUUUUAAUCCAACUUCAUUUGAAUGGUUAUCCACCAGCUGCAGGAAAAAAGCACAGCGCAUAGAUGACACGGAACAUCCCACAGAAUCGGAAAAUAGCAUUUUUAAUGUAAACGUUAUAGAUAAUCAAAAUAUAUCUUUUGACCGCCUUUGCCCUAACAUUUGAGCAAAUGAAUACGAUAGGCACAAUCAAAGAGCAUAACAAGUAAAAGUCAUCUUCAGAUAAACAAUAGUGGAGAGCUGCAUCGUAAACCCACAUUUGGUUAGAAACAAUAAGUUCUAACAACAAUCAACAAAGUUUGUCUCCAUAUAUUUUUCCAUUCAGCCAAGUUACAUAAAUAAGUGUAGUUUAUGGAGAAAACAACACUUCAAUAUAGAACGCUGUAACGAAACAAAACAGGACGUAACUUAACAUAGAAUUCGUAAAUCGAUAGGUGUAUAAUGAUAAGAUAGAACCGAAUGAUACGUACUAGUUUUUAAGAAAUUAAUUAUUAUUUUUUGCGAUUCCUUCCAUCAGGAUGAUCAUCAUGAUGCGUUCGGGUAAUGAUUUAAUACCACCAAUCCCUUUUCCUUAUCGAAACAAUUUUCCUUAUAUGUUAACCAGUGUCCAACGUAUUUUUUUUAUAAAUGCUAAUAUAUAGCCGCAAUAUGCUUAAGCUUCUUCAAGACUUAGUAAAAAUCAUAGGAUGGACUCUAGUGUUCUAACAUCAAUCUAAAACUUUUUUCAGUUACAGUUGCAACGUUUGAAGUAUGUAAAAUAAUGAAUUUAAUGAAUAUUUGCUUGAGUGUAUUUGUAUUUAAGUUUUAAAUAUAAUUUAAAUUUCAAAAAAUACUCAAGCUGAACAUAAUCGCCUUUCCUGCAGCAUACUACUAUUAUAUUGUUGUCUAACGUGACGCCCGUCCUCAUAUUUUUCAUAGUUUUUGUUUUGUUUCUUUUUUAAGUGUAAGUCUAGAAUUCGAACUCUAAAAAUAAUUUUAAUUCAGAUGUUGUAUUUGGGAGAUAAUCGAAUGAACAGUAUAACCGCGAUUAAAUAUCAGUCAGAUGCAAUUGACAUAUUUUACAGCGCUCGUUCGUGCGUUUGUUUUACUCCGAUUAGAAAAUAACAGUGACAACAAAGCGUUUAAAAACGCUCACCAUAUACGUAAUUAACAUGUAGACUUUAUUUAAGAAAUGCGUCAUUAUAUACUAAAAUAUGUGUAAAACUAUCUUUAACAAAUUGAGACAAAAUUUAAUACAUCAAAACAAAAAUAAGAAAAAUAAACAAAUAUAAAAAUAAAAUAUGUUUCCUUUCAUCACUCAAACAGAUCCAUUUGAUGAAGACUACAAGUGUGAAUAUUCAGCUUCAUUAUCAUUUUAAAUUUAUUUUCUGUGAUGUCAUGUCAUUCAUGUGCAUAACAUUCUACGCAAUGUGUACACCUCAAGAAUAUUAAUGACGUAAAUGAAAAUCUGUCCAUUUGUUAAUACGUAAUAAAAAAAGUAAAUAAAUACAUGCAUACUUACGCAUAUUUAUAUAAAUACACAUUAAAACGUAAGAGCGAUUAGCGUAUCAAUAACCAAAUGCAAUAAAAUGAUGCUGGCCAAAAAAUCAGCAACAUGCAUUUUACACAUCUUACCACUGUUUAAUACUGUCUUAAAUAAAUAUUGGUUUGGUUUUUCACUUUUUCAAAAUUUGUCAUAGAUACAAUGAGGUGUUGUG